AGAUCUGAUGGAAUGGAAGUUGACCCAUCAACGGCUCCAAUUAUCUUUUCAUCAUCAAUCUAGUCAAUCUGAUGGUGGUUUCUGAGCUGAUCAGGAAAGGUUCCCCAGUUAUUAACGGCUGUGGUUGAUGGUUUUGACCUGAGAUGGUCCCACCUUGGUGACAAAGUCCACCCUCUUUUGGCCACAGACCUUGCUGAUAAAUUGACUGGGUCGAGCGUGGUAUUGCCUUUUCAUUCCACCCCUUUCUCUGUCUGUGCAUGAGAGAAGGUUCAUCUAAGCCAUCCUAAAUAUCUGCUUUUAGUGGUAUUUUUUGAGGCCUUGAAAAUGGAUCUCAACAAUAGGCUUUCUGGUAAUGAACUACAAAAGAACCUAUCCGGUCAACCGGGUUUUGGCAAUUUUAAUACACAGCAUCCGCAGAAGUGGGAAGAUCCAUCCAUCAUAGAUUACAGUAUGAGGAUUGAACCACCUUUCCGGGGAUUCAAUCAAGUUAAGGUUGGUCAAGAUGGUCUGGUGAAUGAGUUGCGGCCAACCAAUAAAAUCCAAGAGUGGGAUCCAAGUGCUAUGCUGAGCAGUUUCUCUUUCCUGGAACAAAAGAUCCAUCAGCUUCGGGAUUUGGUGCAUUUGAUUGUUGGCAGGAGGGGCCAAGUGUUGGGGCGACCAGAUGAACUUGUAACUCAGCAGCAGCAGCUCAUUACUGCUGACUUAACUUCAAUUAUUGUUCAAUUGAUCUCCACAGCAGGUAGUCUUCUCCCAUAUGUUAAGAGUACCCAUUCUGCUGCCCCUCCAUCUAUGGGACAGUUUGGGCAACUAGGAGGAGCUGUAUUUCCCUCUAUACCAGGCCUGAAUGGUGGUAUUCAGCUGCAAAAUACCAGUGGAAGCAAAGUCUCCAAUCAGCCAAACCAGAAUGAUGUUAGUGCUAACUGUGGGAGUGAACAGAACCAUAAUAAUGAAGAACAUGAUUUGAAAGAAGAGGAAGAUGCUGAAGAAGGGGAGAACCUCCCACCGGGUUCCUAUGAAAUCUUACAGCCAGAAAAGGAAGAAAUCCUUGCACCGCACACCCACUUUUGCACAAUAUGUGGAAAGGGAUUCAAAAGAGAUGCAAAUUUACGGAUGCACAUGAGAGGUCAUGGUGAUGAGUACAAAACACCAGCAGCACUGGCAAAGCCCCACAAAGAAUCUAGCUCUGAACCAACACUUAUCAAGAGGUAUUCCUGCCCUUGUACUGGUUGCAAGCGAAACAAGGACCAUAAAAAGUUUCAACCUUUGAAGACCAUUUUAUGUGUCAAAAACCAUUACAAGAGAACCCACUGUGACAAGAGCUACACUUGUAGCAGAUGCAACACUAAAAGGUUUUCAGUAGUUGCUGAUCUCAAAACUCAUGAGAAGCACUGUGGCAAGGAUAAAUGGCUUUGUUCUUGUGGCACUACAUUCUCGAGGAAAGAUAAGUUGUUUGGACACAUUGCUCUUUUCCAAGGCCACACUCCUGCCAUUGCUUCAGAAGAAACUAAAGCACAGGUUGGGCCAUUUGAGCGUAGAGAAGGCAAUCAAGUGACGAAUAAGGUUGGAAGUAUGAAUUUCAACUUUUCCCCCAAUGCUUCAAGUGAAAGUGGGGUUCAAAAUAUAAUGAAUGUCAAAGGGAACAUCGAUGAUCCUACUACUUAUUUCUCUCCAUUGAACUUUGACAACUUGGGUGGGUUCAAUGACUUCCCUCGACCACCAUUUGAUGAUUCAGAGAGUUCAUUUGGAUUUCUUCUCCCAGGGUCCUGUAAUUAUAACCAGAAAAGUGCUGCAGAUGACAGCAAUAAUCUUGCAUAAAGUUUCUAGUGUUUUCUAGUAUGUGAUCAACUAUUUUGUGUAACGUUUACAUGUUAAUGUGUGACCUUAUGUAUUUAAUUUCUUAAACAAAUGCUUUCCUUUAUC